UUAUUCGACCGACUUUCAGAUCAUAGCUGCAGGGACCAGUCCAAAAUCUACUAAUAUACAUUAACUUUUGAGGAGAGCUGGUCUCCAAGUUCUCUCUCUCUUUCUCUCUUUCUUCUUGUUUUUGCUUCUCUUUUUGACUAGUUAGCCGAUCAAUCGUUCUUGCCAAGUGCAGGGAUCGGUCCCUCUUUGUUGUUGUGUCACGGACAUUGCACAUUUUUUUGGUUGAGGCUUUGAGUGGAUGAGAUUGGAGAGGCAGCAGUGAUUGUGAUUCUCCCGCAGCUUCCGCUUUCGUCCUUCUGCUGCUUCGGAUCGAUCUUCUCGGAAGAAGAGAUCGAGAUUUGGGUUCGGGGGAGUUCAACAAAGAAGAAGAAAGGGAAAGGAGAGAAGUUGGCCAACAGAGGUGGUCAGCGAGACCUUUGGUUAUCAUUCAAAGAGGAAGAAGAGAUCAGGAAAAAAGGGAACAGGAAGGCUAGAACGAAAUUAAAACAAUUAGGAAAAGACAAGCUCCCAUCAUUUCCGUUUUUCUUUUUUGAAAAUGAAGACUUUGAGCUUGCAUUCUGCAACAGGGAACCAAUACCGACAAGAAGGAUGGCAGGUGAGGACUACGCAUCAAUUGGCAGAAAAGUUCCUCCACCAGAACCUCCAUUGCCUGGUCCUGCAAUGAGAAAUUAUCCUCAAAGGGGGUUGUUGAUGAAUGAAAUGCCGAUAAGAGGAUACAACUGUGUCUCCACCUCAACCAGGGAUUUAUGGGAAUGUCUUUUUGAUGAAGGUUACAGAGCAGAUGUUGUCAUUAAUACGGAGGAUGGUGGCAUUGUUUAUGGACAUGCUAGUAUCCUGGGCGUGGCUUCUCCUGUCUUGAAAAGCAUGUUAAAGCAAACGAAAAGACAUGGUCAUAGGCGAUCAAUCUCUAUCCGUGGAGUACCACAUGCUGCAGUUCAAAUUUUCAUUAGAUUUUUAUACUCUUCCUGUUAUGAUCCAGAAGCAAUGAAGAAAUAUGUCAUUCAUUUGUUAGUGCUGUCACAUGUAUAUGUUAUCCCCCACUUGAAGAGAUUCUGUGAGUGGAAAUUAGAGCAGGGAAUGCUCACCAUAGAUAAUGUAGUUGACACUUUCCAACUUGCACUACUCUGUGAUGCACCUCGACUUAGCAUCAUUUGCCACCGUUUCAUUUUGAAGAACUUCAAAGCUGUUUCUGCCACAGAAGGAUGGGAAAUCAUGAAACAGAGCCAUCCGGUGCUAGAGAAGGCAGUUUUGAUGUCUGUAGUUGAAGAAGAAUCUAGGCAAAAAGAGAAAAUUAGAAAGUUGAACGAGAGAAAAGUCUAUUUACAACUGUACGAGGCAAUGGAAGCUCUGGUUCACAUCUAUAGGGAUGGAUGUAGGACAAUUGGCCCUCACGAUAAGGUUCUUAAGGAGGAUCAGGGUCCUUGCCAUUAUGCAUCUUGUAAGGCGCUGGAGUUGCUUGUCAGACACUUUGCUGGCUGCAAGAUGAGGACCCCCGGUGGCUGCAUUCGUUGCAAGCGGAUGUGGCAGCUUUUGGAAUUACACUCCCAUCUCUGUGCUGAUUCUGAUCGCUGUAGAGUUCCUUUAUGCAGGAACUUCAAGCAAAGGAGAUCAACAAAGCAGAAGAAAGAGGAUAUUAAGUGGAGAAUAUUGGUGAGGAAGAUCUUGACAACAAAGACCAUUUCUGGAGCACCAUGCUUCUCUAUGGAAUCUUCAUGAUGCUUAGCCCAGUUUUUGUCAGAUUGGCCAGCUUCUGCCUUAAGCCUUUAACCAGGAAGAGCUUGGAGAUCAUUCUUCCAAUUUUUUUUCCUCAUUUUGCAAUUUUGAAGCAAAGGAAUCACUUCUUCUCCCUCAACAUCUUCUUUGCUGAAGCAUGUUGUGUGUAAAGAGAGCGAGAGAAUGCUUAAGGUACAUUUUUGUACAUCUUAGCAGCUAAUAGUGGAAAAAGGAGUUGUCGUCUGGAGUGGACUUUGGAUUGAGCAUACUAUGUGUGGUACUAGUAAUGAACAUACUAUAUUUUUAUCCUAGUGUUGAUUGUGAAGCAUGCAAUGACAUUGUUUAAAUUAAGGAGCCAGGCAAGAGGGUUAGUUGCAAUCGCUGCCACGUGGCAACGAAGGGCAUCUUGUCAACCGCCCGGUUGUCCUUCUCUCGAUCAUGCCGAACGCCUUGUCCUUGUGCUCAAUUUGGACCAUCGAUGCUGCCUUUUAUUUGCUAUAAUCCAAGCCAUUCUUUUGCAUCGUGCGAUCCUUAUUUAUACGCUAUGCAUUGGGAUAUGUGAGGGCACAAUGAGAUUGAGAGAUAGAGAGUGAAAGAAUAUGCUAAGGGGUUCAAGGAUCUUUCUCAUUUAUGUUGUUUCACUCUCUGGCUUCUUCUCUCUGGUUCAAUAGGGUAAGACUCUGAUCUUCCUCUUUUAUAUAGUUUUGAGGCGAUUUUGUUAGUGAACCAGUCUGUGUAAAUAUAGUGAUUGUGAGGCUUGUAUGCUGUAAGUAUUGUAAACCCUAUUUUUACUCCGAUAAUACAGUGAGCUCUCCUUUGUUCAAGCUCAA